AUGCCGAGGAACAGCGACCAGAACCCGUACGGCGUGAUCGUUCAGUUCAACCGUGACACGUUCGGAGCAACAGUUUAUUUGUGGUUUGGAACCGAUUCCUUCAUCCACCAGACCCUUGGAUGCAGGAGCGUUGGCGAUGGAGCACGUUCUAGCGUCGCUUGCGCGUGUGGAGGCUACGGAGCGCGGCGGCGUUUCGACGGUGCCCCCCCCCGACCAGAUCCGGACCCGCCGUCGAGCGGUCCGCCUCAACCGAUUUACACGCAAGCCACGGGUGUAGUGAUGUCGGCUACGUCCCGCCCUCUGCUCGGAGAUCCGUCGGCGAGCAUUACUCAGGGUUUAUCACAACCGCUACAACAAACGCGGGGUACCCAGUACUCGAUUCCUCACACUGCCUUGCACCACACCCAGGGUCGGGUGUCAACGUGGGACUUACCGGAAACAAGGCUGAAUAGCUCGAUGGUUAGGCAACCCACGAGUUGGGACAAUCCAGCGACUCGGCAGCACUAUGGUCAGCAGUUUGAUCACCCGCGGCAGUUUAAGUUACAUCAACCACGGUUUGACGGUUCAGAGGUUGCAAAUUGGAUUUCUAGAGUGCAAUAUUACUUCGAGCAUCUCCUAAUGCCUGAGGAGAAUAGGCUCCACUAUGUAGUUAUGUUGUUUGAUCCGCCGGCAUCGGAGUGGAUAUUCAAUUAUCGAGAGAACAACCCUCAGGCGCGUUGGUCAGAUUUUCUUGAAGAUGUUCGUCGUCGCUUUGAUCCGCAAUAUUUCCAGAAUUUUAUUGGGUUAAUAGCCAAGCUUUGUCAGACGGGUACUUUGGCAGAAUAUCACACAACAUUUGAGACUAUGCUUAAUCGGGUCCGAGGGGUCCCAGAAUAUAUUUUGCUGCCUAUUUACAUUGAGGGCUUGUUGCAACCAGUUAAAAAUCAGGUGAAACAUCAAAAUCCCCCAUCUGUAGCACCAGCGAUGGCAUUGGCGGUUGAGUAUGAUAGUUGUGUGGAGAAGCCGCAGGUGACAACGGGAUUUCAGCGGCGUUCGUGGCAGAAUAAGGAGCAGCGGCAGAGUGCCCAACCGCAGCAGCCCCUGGCGCUGACGACGCCUACCACCCAGCCGAACCGUCUCAACCACGCUAAAGGCUCAGAGUACACGAAGCUCCCGGUGGUGCACCUGACGGCGGCUCAACGGGCGGAGCGCUCGAGGCUCAAUUUGUGCUGGUAUUGUCCAGAGAAGUGGGUUACUGGGCAUUCAUGCAAGGGACGCUUUCUGGUAUAUAUGGGCGCGGAUAUGGACUCAGAGGAGGAGUCGGAGGAGCCCUCGAACGAGCCACAAGAUGACCCGGUGAUCUCGGCAGAUCUGUCCCAUAUUUAUGCUUUGGAUGGACGAAAAAGGGAGGAUGCAAUUGAGUUGCGAGGAUUAAUUGGAGCUUCAGCGGUGCGGAUCUUGGUUGACACGGGUAGCUCCCAUAAUUUUUUGCACCCCGCCGUGGCCGAGAAAUUAGCCCUUCCCCUGCGCCAGAUACGGCCUUUUCGGGUUUAUGUUGGUAACGGUGAGUCGCUCUUGUGUUCUCAUGCUAGCAUUCAAACUAGAUUGGUUAUUCAGAAACAUGUAUUUUUGAUUGACUUACAUAUUUUGCCGGUGCAUGGUCCCGAGGUGAUUUUGGGGAGAGCGUGGCUAAAGGAAUUAAGAAGAGUGACGAGCGACUAUGUUGAGGGGACAUUGGAAUUCUCCAGGAAUGGGAAACGGGUUUGCCUUAAACUUGUACCCCCGACGCCAGCGGAGAUCUCCCUUAGAACUUUCUCCUCACUAUUGACUCUGCAGAGUGGCGCAGAUUUGUUUGAGCUUGUGCAGCUGCCAGCGCGAGAUGCUGCGAACAGCGAGGAGUCGCCAUUGGAGUUUCCCAGGGACUUGCCGGAGGAAAUCAGAAGUGUCCUCGUGUCACAUGGGGCAGUUUUUGGCUUGCCAACGGGUAUGCCUCCGAGGCGGCAGUUUGAUCACAAGAUUCAUCUUUUGCCUAACACUAAGCCGGUCAAUGUCAGACCUUAUAGAUAUCCUUAUUUCCAGAAGACCGAAAUCGAGAGGCAGGUGAAAGAAAUGUUAGACACAGGGAUCAUUCGCCCGAGCCAGAGCCCUUUCUCGUCGCCGGUUUUGUUGAUCAGGAAAAAAGACGGCUCUUUCCGUUUCUGCAUUGAUUACAGGGCGCUCAACACAGCCACAGUGCCUGAUCAAUUCCCUAUCCCGACGACGGACGAGUUGUUUGAUGAAUUGGGGGCGGCUCGUUUCUUCACAAAGCUUGAUUUACGCUCCGGCUACCAUCCGGAUGAGUGA